AUGAACAUCUUCAAGAAGAAAACUUCACCGAAAGAGGCUCUGCGGUCAAGUAAGAGGGAAAUGGCUGUUGCAACCAGAGGAAUUGAAAGAGAGAUAACAUCACUUCAGAUGGAGGAAAAAAAAUUGGUGGCAGAGAUUAAGAGAGAAGCAAAAACAGGAAAUGAGGCUGCCACCAAAAUCUUGGCUCGACAACUUGUUAGGUUACGUCAACAGAUAACCAAUUUGCAAGGAAGUCGUGCUCAGAUCAGGGGUGUAGCGACUCACACACAGGCAUUAUAUGCAAGCACUUCAAUAUCCACGGGAAUGAAGGGUGCAACUAAAGCAAUGGUGGCAAUGAAUAAGCAAAUGGCACCAGCGAAACAGGUUAAAGUGAUCAAAGAAUUCCAAAAGCAAUCAGCACAAUUGGACAUGACGAUUGAGAUGAUGUCAGAAUCUAUUGAUGAAACUUUAGACAAAGAUGAAGCCGAGGAAGAAACAGAAGAGCUCACUAACCAGGUUCUUGAUGAGAUUGGAGUGGAUAUUGCAUCCCAGUUAUCUUCUGCUCCAAAAGGGCGAAUUGCCUCAAGGAAUACCGAAAAUGUUGCUCCAAGAUCAGAAGAAUCCCAAGAUGUUGAAGAACUUGAAAAGAGAUUGGCUUCUCUUCGAAGAAUAUAA